AACUAUAUAGAGGUUUUCUCAGUAUAUUCACGUGAGUAAUCCGCGAUUUUUAGUUAACAUUAAAGAAAAAGCAAUUUUAUCGAUAAUCAUAUUUCAAGCUACAUUAGCUAAUUUUACCUGCUGAUUGUGAUCAUUAGAACAACUGUGACCAUAGGCGAAUUCUCAUAUGGUUUUGUUGGUGAAUUAUAAACCCAUAUUUUAGUAAAAAAAAAUAAUUAUACAACACUCAAAAAUUACCUAACCGUAAAAAAGUUGAGUUCUUUUAUCAUUGUCUUACCCUUGGUAAAUUACGCGGACGUUGGUUCCGAUAGCCUUCUUAAAGGCUUCUUUCGCGCCACGACACACGUGUCGCUGUCAAUACAUUUCCGGCAUAACCAUGGAAACGGAUUUUAAAAAACAUUGGGCUUUGUUAUGGCUGUUCCUUGUUGAGAUCAAUUUAGAUUUACCUUCAGAGUAUUUGUGGUACAUAUUGUUGAACUUGUUGAAGCAAUUUAACUAAAAUCGGUUAUUAUUUUUAACAACUUGUGUAAACCUUUUAAUAUUAGCCAUUUUCGUUAAAUACAAAUAAUGUUGUUGCUUGUGUUGUGUCCAAAUGAGAUCACCACCAAUUAAUGGUAGGUAGGCACUUAAGUAAAUGGUAAAUAAGUGACAACCUUGUGGUUGGCCUCAUCAAUGGUGUGUUGUGACAUAUUUUAGGCAUACAUAUUUUAUUAUUAAAUUAAUUAAUGUUUACCUACAACAAAAUUUUGUACUUAUUGAUAUUUCACUUAUCCAGCCACAAUGCAAGAAUGUAAAGCUUAACUAAGCACAUAGCUUUAAAUAUUAGCUAUUUAAUAAAUUAAUUGAACCUACCUACCUACUCACAUGGUAAACUAUGUCGUACAUGAACAAUUAGAACACAUUAUAAACAAACUUGGUGCAAAUGGUGGGUCUUGUUAAAUACAAUAUUAUGUAGAGUUGGCCUCGACAUCAUGAACCGGUAUGUGGUGCUGCAACAGCUCGGCGACGGCACGUACGGAUCAGUGGUGCUGGCUCAGCGACGCGACACUGGCGAGAAAGUGGCCAUUAAGCGUAUGAAACGCAAAUACUAUUCGUGGGAUGAGGCGAUGAAUCUGCGCGAGGUUAAAUCUCUUAAGAAACUGAACCACGCCAAUAUCGUCAAGUUGCGGGAAGUCAUACGCGAGAAUGACACGCUUUACUUUGUGUUCGAGUACAUGCGAGGAAACUUGUACCAACUAAUACGCGAUGCGGAGCGUGCUUUUCCCGAGCCAGUGCUGAGGAACAUCGUGUACCAGGUAUUACAAGGCCUAGCACAUAUGCAUCGACAUGGCUUCUUCCACCGGGAUCUAAAACCGGAAAACCUCCUAUGUGCUGGGCCCGAACUGGUCAAGAUAGCCGACCUAGGGUUGGCUCGCGAAGUUCGUUCGCGGCCACCUUACACAGACUACGUAUCUACGCGGUGGUAUCGGGCGCCGGAAGUGUUGCUGCACGAUACCCGUUAUGGAGCGCCUAUCGAUUUAUGGGCACUCGGCUGCAUUAUGGCAGAAUUGUAUACUUGUCGGCCGCUGUUUCCGGGGAAUUCUGAGAUUGAUCAGUUGCAUAAAAUAUGCGCAGUGUUGGGGACUCCUGACCGAGACGAUUGGCCCGAGGGAUACGUGCUCGCUGACGCCCUUCGGUUUCGUUUUCCAUCCAGUGCAGGUGUCCCAUUAGCUCGAGUGGUGCCCUCUGCCUCGCCGCCUGCUUUGGCGUUACUAAAUUCGUUCAUGCGCUAUGCUCCACGGGAUCGACCUACUGCCCCACAGGCACUCCGGUUCCCGUACUUUGCCGUUGGCGCUGCGUUAGUUGUGCCGCCACCUGCAUCACGGGCUAGGAGGAGCGCAGCUAGAGGUGAAACGGAAAGUUUAGCAGAGCACGCCAGGUCACCUACAACAACAGCGCCACUCCAUGCAGCUAUCCAGCCGCCACCGCCACCACAUUUGCGGGAUCGAUUUGCGGACAUCCUCGGGGGAGAAGUGGUGCACGAGGCCGGCGCGCCGGCCCCGCUGCGGCGCGUGUCGGGCGGGCGCAGCGUGCUGGCCGCGGCCGCGCCGGCGCCGCGCGCGCGCCCUGCGCUGGGCGGGGCGGCCGCCGCCUACUUGAGUGCAGCGCGCUAUGUCACCGGCUCCAGAAUUGACACUUCACUUUUUCGGGCAUUACCGUUACGAGCUCAUCGAGAAACUACGACUGUGGGCAGCGGUGCUGCGAGAGUCGAUUGGGCGGCUAAGUAUUUGCGAUAACAAAAUACCUAAGUACUACCUACCUACGUAGUCGGCGCGCGGCGUGGUGGCGGGAACCAUGGAAGGAUGGACGAUAUGCUAAUUGAGUGUACCUACCUAUCUAAUUAGUUCCUUACUUACUGUUGCUACUGUCUACUGUUGAUGUGAAUUGUGUGGGUGCUUACUGUUGUUGUUGGUCUCCAUACCUGGGCUUAGGUACCUAAAAACAAUAAAAGUAGUAUUCACCUUAGCCGAUUUUCACCAAACUGAACAAGGACCUAGGUAGGUACCUACUUACAUAUUUUAAUUUACUAAAUAAAUAAAGAAUA